AUGGUUAAAGACAAAGAGCGAAACGGAAGUGUGCGCAUUGACUGGCGUUUCUUGGGCCGGAGCGUGUGCCAGCGAUCUUUUCAAGAGCUUCAUGGCAUUGGACGCCCGCGCUUCAGCAAAAUCUGGCGAGCGGCAAAUGCAGGGGCUGAGGGACCUCCCGCAGAUCUUCGAUACUUGAAGAAAUCCAAGCUUGCCACCGCUGCGAGCUCUGAGCUACGGGGGGACGUCACCGGGUUCCUUCACCACAUCUACGCAUCGAUUGCGGAAAAUUUGCCAGACGUGAGAGAUGGGACCAUUGAAGAAGGUGAAGAAGAUUUGGAGAGUUCAGUGGUUGAGCUCAAAUCAGACCCGUACCAGUCUGCAGUUUCCAAAAGCAAGAUUGCCAAGCCGAGGAAAUUUUUCCGGUCUAUGCCUAUUCGCGAUGGCAGCUUGGAACCACGGUACCUACCGCCUGGGACAAUGAAAGACUACUGGACUCAGUAUGUAUGGGCAUCCGAUUUCAGUGCCAUGAAGUUUCGCAAGGUCUCAUCCCACACUGAGUGUACAGAAUGUAUCAAACACAAGAGUGUCAUUCAAAGCCUCUCACACCACUUGGUGGCCAGAAGGACCCAGCAGGAACUUUUCUACAAGCACCUUGACGAUCAAUUUCGAGAUAGAGUUGUUUACUGGAAAUCUCGCUCUGACAGCAGAAGCCAUGCUGGCAGCCUAACGUUGAUUGUUGACGGCAUGGACCAAGCCAAAUGUUCUCUCCCUCGCAACGCGUCGCUGCUGAAGGCGAAAAUUUUCGAUGGGCUGCAACGACCAAGGUUGCAUUUGUCAGCCGUGAUUGCCCAUGGACAUUUCAUUGCACUGUUCCUGACGGAGAGCGAUGUCCCCAAGGACAGCAACUAUUGCAUCGAGACAGUGUGCUGCGGAUUGGAACUGGCGUCAAAGUCCAUGGACUUGUCGCAGGUGGACAUCACAGUUCAAUGCGACAACACCCCUCGGGAAUUAAAAAAUGGUCAUUUCCUGAGGCUUUGCUGUGCCUUGACUUCCAACCACACCGUGAGAUCCAUGCGAGUGUCCUGUCUUCGGACAGGGCACUCGCAUGAAGAUGUGGACCAACUCUUUGGGCAGAUUGCUGUGAAGAUCGCAAAAAUGAAGGUAGUACCUACCUCAAGUUGUUUCCACAAAGAGUUAGGACGGGUUUGCAACGAAUUGGAGAGACCACAUGAGCGUGGCAGAUUCGUCUACAAAGUGGACAGGGUCCGCGAUUGGAGGCCAUGGCUGUUGGAGGCCAUACCGGCCAAACUUGCUGGAAUUGGAGGGCCUGGAGCCCCACAUGUGUUCCACUUCUCCCGGUUCGAUGCGACAGGACUGGAAGCAUCUGAUUUGAUCGACCCGCUGUACUCGAAGACCCACCGUGUGCACCCACACGAUGUUGUGUUGAGGACAAAGCUUUGGAUGGCCGAUGCCAACUACUCACACUCUUUUCGGUUCUACCCGAGGGAGUUGGCUUACAAGCAGUUGCCCCAUGGUUUACCGCCAGUCGUUGCAGAGCGCAACCCUUUGUCGGAGGAGUACAAGGCGGGCAUUUUGAAAUACUGUCCCAUUCUUCGAUCGAAUGAAUUCCGUAUGACUGAAGCUGCCGAUUACUUGGAGCAGUGGGUGUGUGGCACUUUGCCCUUGAAUCCGUUGAUGUGUUUGGAUGCGUGCCGUCUUGGGGAUCCUUUUCGUGCGGCAACCACACCUCUCCGGGCCAAUGCUGCUACGUCCUUUUUUGUUCGCCCCAAUCCCUUGCGGUUGCUUGUCUGCAAAAUACCAAUUGAAACCACAUUGCUUUUGAGAUAA